CAGAAUGGCGAGCCCAUCUUCCAUGCGAGAUGACCAUCUGACUUUCACCACUUCUACUUCCGACUCUGACACACUACCAUCGACAAGCCACAAUCCAAACACCGGCACAAACUCGAGGAUCGCACGCAAUUUGUCCGAUGUGCUGUUCGGUAAAACAACCAUGUCUGGCACCAGUCUCAACACGACUGCAAAUGAAUCAACACCGCUCUUGACGGAACUACCCAGUCAUGAAGGUAGGACACCAAGACGGAAUUUUACAGCAAGUCUUGAUCAGGUAGCAGAAGCAGAAGCCCGGAACCGGGUGGUCAAGCUGAACAAUGCGUCAAUAAUAUUGAGCGAGAGUGGAGAAUUAGGAGAUGCCAGAUCGCCACAGAAGAGGGCGAGCAUAACGAUGGCUUACGCAAAAAGGAUCAAGCAGAGAUCAAAAUAUUACGUCCCGGUGACGGAUUGGUUACCAAAAUACAAUUGGUCUUUGUUUUCUGGUGACCUCGUCGCUGGCGUAUCUGUAGCAUGUUUGUUGAUACCGCAAGCAAUGUCAUACGCUAGCGGCCUUGCACGGUUAACACCGGUCGCUGGUCUCUGGUCAACAGCAAUACCAGCCCUGAUAUAUGGCGCCCUUGGAACAUGCCGGCAAUUAUCGAUUGGCCCAGAGGCGGCUCUCUCUCUUUUGAUCGGCCAGAUGAUCCAAGAAGCGGUGUAUGGUGACCCUCACAGUAGGCCAGCACACCCAGAAGCUGAAGCAGCAGCUAUCGCUCUCAUCACUACCCUCCAAAUCGGCGUUAUUACCAGUGUUCUCGGCCUUCUCCGUCUUGGUUUUCUUGACGUCGUUUUAUCACGGGCUUUACUCCGUGGGUUUAUCACCGCCGUCGCCGUCAUUAUCUUCAUCGAACAACUCGUCCCUAUGCUCGGCCUUACCGCCCUCCUCGCCCAGCCUACUGACCCCUCUCAAGAACCCCCAACACGCCCUCUCUCCAAACUUUUCUUCACAAUUAACAACAUACAUUCCAUCAACGUACCCACUGCACUUUUGAGUUUUAUCAGUUUAGGCUUCCUCAUCGUCGUUAGAGUAACCAAGCAGAAGAUUGCGCAAACGCCUGGAGGGAAGUGGGUGAGAUAUGUGCCGGAGAUUUUGAUUUUGGUUGUUGGGACUACGGUUCUAACAAAUGUACUGAAGUGGGAUGACAUGGGAGUUGAAGUAUUGGGCAAAAUCAAGGGCGGGUCGAGCCUUCCUUUCGGAUGGCCUAUAUACAAAAAGACAAUGAAGUAUUUCAAUUUUACCCUUCCAACAGCAUUCGUCAGCUCGGUAGUGGGUGUCGUAGACUCUAUCGUUGCAGCUCGAGAGAAUGCGGCAAAGUACGGGUACGCCGUGUCGCCGAAUAGGGAGUUGGUCGCCUUGGGCGCUUCAAAUCUCGUCGGCUCGUCUAUCGUAGGAACUGGAGCAAUCCCAGUUUUCGGUUCCAUUACGCGAUCUCGUCUAAACGGCCAAAUUGGCAGUCGUACCCAGAUGGCAAGUAUAAUUACCAGUAUCUGCAUGAUUUUUUCCAUCUUUUUCCUUUUACCUUAUCUCUACUACCUCCCCAAGGCGGUUUUAGCAGCAAUCGUCACCGUGGUUGUCUACGCCAUUUUGAAUGAAGCACCGCACGAAAUUCUAUAUUUCUGGAGAAUGGGAGCUUGGACAGAUUUCUUGCAGAUGGUAGGGACCUUUUUCCUCACGCUGUGUUUCUCCAUCGAGCUCGGCCUCGUAGCAUCCGUCGUCUUCUCCCUCAUUCUCGUCAUCCAGUCCACCUCCCAACCGCGUAUCAAAAUCAUCGGCCGCGUACCGGGCACAAAUGAAUGGGUACCUAUCGAUGAGGAUGAAUCAGCACAGGAAGAGAUUCCGGGGGUGUUGGUGGUGAGGAUCAGAGAGAAUCUGAGUUUUGCGAAUACGGGGCAGUUGAAAGAGCGGUUAAGGAGGUUGGAGUUAUAUGGAAUGGAUAAGAGUCAUCCAAGUGAUGAACCAAGGAGGGAAUCUGCCAAAGCUCUCAUUUUACACAUGGGCGAUGUCGAGCAGAUUGACGCGUCAGCCACGCAAAUCUUAUACGAACUCACGAAAGCGUACCACGAGCGAGGCGUAGGCGUGCAUUUCGCACAUUUAAGACCGGGGCAGGUGAAUGCGUUUGGUAUUGCGGGUAUCACAGAUAUUGUCGGCCCAAGUCAUUUCCAUCGGGAUUUGAGUAAUGCCAUGAGAGAAGUGGAGAGUAUGGGUUAUGGGACGAGCAUCUUUGCGAGAUGGGAUCCGUCAUAAUGCUCCUUGUACGCUUUUGUACGCUUUUCUUACCCGCCUUGGUACCUUGUUGUGUGGUUCGUGUUUGGAGAGAUAAAAAUGAUAUUCAUACCAGUUUAAUAGCAGUACAAUACAGCUUACGAUCAUCCUGUAUUAACCACGAAGCAUGACGAACUCUAUGAUAUGCAAUACAUUUUGGU